AUGACGGCCUUCCUCUACUCCGUGGGCUUUGGCCCUUGGGCCCUGGCCGGGAGCCGACUAUUGCCUUGGGUCUGGCGCGCCCUGCAUACGUCCUCCGCCUGCGCCAAGAACAGGGCAGCUCGAGUCCGUGUGGGCAAGGGGGACAAGCCAGUGACUUACGAAGAAGCGCACGCUCCACACCACAUCGCGCACCGCAAGGGUUGGCUGUCGCUGCACACAGGAAACCUAGACGGAGAGAAACACACCGCAGAGCGAACAGUGGAGGAUGUCUUCCUUCGAAAGUUUCUAAUGGGAACCUUCCCUGGUUGCUUAGCUGACCAGCUGAUCCUAAAGCGCCGAGCUAACCAGGUGGAGAUCUGUGCCCUAGUGCUGAGGAACCUGCCUGUGCACAAGUUUUACUUUCUUGUAGGCUACAGUGAAACCCUCCUUUCCCACUUUUACAAAUGUCCUGUCCGUUUGCAUCUCCAAACCGUGCCCUCGAAGAUAGUGUAUAAGUACAUCUAG